GUUCUUCCGCAUAAACUCCUUUUUAUUCUUAUUCUUGUUCUCCCCACCUAUAAAUACUUCACUUCCAUCUUCAUUAUAAACCCCAAACCCUGGUUCGUUAUCAGUAGGGUUUUGAGCUCCAUCAUCACUCAUUGCAACCCAUUUUCUUCGAUCACCAUUAUUAUUAUUAUAUAUCUAUACCUGUAGACAGAGAGGCCUACAUGGAUGCUUAUGCGUUGCAUCUAGCUAUGGCGGCACUAGCCGGAGCCUCAUUCGUCGCCGUUUCCGCCUUCUACAUGCACCGGAAAACCCUAAAUCAAUUACUGGAGUUUGCAAAGACUGUUGAGAAGGAGAGAGAAGACGACAGUGGGACCUACGAUGAUGACUCGUCUCUGCAUUACAGGAAGUAUGGUGGUACUGAGAAGCAGCAUCAGAGGCGGAACCAGGGAGGACGGGGAAAAGGAGGAGAUGAUGGAUAUUAUCGUCGGUCUUCGACUUCCUUGCCUGACGUCACGGCGAUUUCUGGUGGCGUAGGUGCUUGUGAUGCGGAUGUUAUUCCGCCCGGGUUGCCUACACUCUGUACGCUUUCGGAAGAGAAAUCUGCUGCUGGGUCAACAAAGAGAACAGGGCUUCCACUUAGACCGACUUCUCCAAAGUCUCCAAUUGCAAGUGCAAGUGCUCUCGAAAGUGGGGAAGGAUCUGAAGAAGAUGCUGAUAUUACUGACAAUACUAAACUAGAUACAACAUACCUUCACACCAAUGGAAAUGCUGAGUGCACAAGCCUAAAUUUACCAGAACAUGUUAAUCCAAAUGGAGAGCAAUUGCCUAUAGCUUCAUCUGGCAUGAUUCGCUCACAUAGCAUAUCUGGAGACCUGCAUGGUGUUCAACCUGAUCCAGUAGCUGCUGAUAUUCUUAGAAAAGAACCAGAGCAUGAAACCUUUGUACGACUGAGAAUCACCCCAUCUGAGACACCGUCUUCUGAUGAAGCUGAGGUCUACAGAGCCUUACAAGUUUGUCUUGAAAUGCGAAGGAGCUAUGUGUUUAGAGAAAGUAUUGCUCCAUGGGAGAAGGAAGUUAUAACUGAUCCUAGUACUCCGAAGCGGAAUCCAAAUCCUUUUCAGUAUUUCCCUGAGAGAAAAUCCAAUCAUUAUUUUCAAAUGGAAGACGGAGUGGUUCAUGUUUAUGCAGAUAAAGAUUCAAAAGAGAAGCUUUUUCCAGUUGCUGAUGCAACUACAUUUUUCACUGACCUGCAUCACAUCCUUAAGAUAAUAGCUGCUGGGAAUGCACGAACAGUAUGUCAUCAUCGACUUGGUCUCCUGGAACAGAAAUUCAACCUUCAUUUGAUGCUAAAUGCGGACAAAGAAUUCCUAGCUCAGAAAAGUGCACCACAUCGCGACUUCUAUAAUGUCCGUAAGGUCGACACUCAUGUUCAUCACUCUGCAUGUAUGAAUCAGAAGCAUCUGUUGAGGUUCAUAAAGUCCAAAUUAAGAAAGGAACCAGAUGAGGUUGUAAUCUUUCGUGAUGGUACAUAUCUGACCUUAAAAGAGGUUUUUGAGAGCCUGGAUUUAACUGGGUAUGACCUCAAUGUUGAUCUAUUAGAUGUGCAUGCAGACAAGAGCACUUUUCAUCGUUUUGACAAAUUCAAUCUGAAAUACAAUCCAUGUGGUCAGAGUAGGCUUAGGGAGAUUUUCUUGAAGCAGGAUAAUCUGAUUCAGGGCCGUUUCCUUGCUGAGCUGACAAAACAAGUGUUUGCAGAUCUUGAUGCAAGUAAAUAUCAAAUGGCUGAAUACAGAAUAUCUAUAUAUGGGAGAAAACAAAGCGAGUGGGACAAUUUGGCGAGUUGGAUCGUGAAUAAUGAAUUGUACAGUGAGAACGUUGUCUGGUUGAUUCAGCUGCCCCGGCUUUAUAAUGUAUACAAGGAAAUGGGUAUUGUCACAUCAUUUCAGACGAUGCUGGACAAUAUCUUCCUUCCUCUCUUUGAGGUUACCGUGGACCCAGAAUCACAUCCUCAGUUGCAUAUUUUCUUGAAACAGGUGGUAGGAUUGGAUUUGGUGGAUGACGAGAGCAAACCUGAAAGGCGUCCUACCAAGCACAUGCCAACACCUGCACAAUGGACCAAUAUAUUCAAUCCUGCCUUCUCAUACUAUGUGUACUAUUGUUAUGCAAAUCUCUAUACCCUAAAUAAGCUCCGUGAAUCUAAAGGAAUGACAACCAUCAGAUUCCGUCCUCAUUGUGGAGAGGCUGGUGAUAUCGACCACCUAGCUGCCUCAUUUCUUACAACUCAUAACAUUGCCCAUGGCAUCAAUCUCAGAAAAUCUCCUGUGCUUCAAUAUCUAUACUACCUUGCUCAGAUUGGUCUUGCAAUGUCUCCUUUAAGCAACAACUCCUUAUUUUUGGAUUACCAUCGGAACCCUUUUCCAAUGUUUUUUCUUCGAGGCCUUAAUGUUUCCCUAUCUACUGAUGAUCCAUUACAAAUCCACCUGACAAAGGAACCUUUGGUGGAAGAAUACAGUAUUGCUGCUUCUGUAUGGAAGUUGAGUGCAUGUGAUCUUUGUGAGAUCGCCCGUAAUUCUGUGUACCAAUCAGGUUUCUCGCAUGUUUUGAAGUCUCACUGGAUUGGGCAUGAGUACUUCAAGAGAGGACCGCAUGGAAAUGAUAUUCACAAGACAAAUGUACCGCAUAUCCGACUUGAAUUCCGAGAAGUGAUCUGGAGAGAGGAGAUGCAACAAGUUUAUCUGGGGAAGGCCAAUUUUCCUGAAUAUAUUGAAACCUAGUUUUAUACAUGCACUCUUGCCACCAUAAUCACCUGGAGGUUGUAUCUUUCCACGGAUUUGUCAAUUCCUGCAAUGAAAAAGUCCCGGCCCCAUAAAUCUUGGCUGUAAAACGUUUAUCUAUGGUUUCAAAAGUUGCAGAUGUUAGCUGUUUGCAGUUUCCGUUGGCGGCGUGUUGCUGACAUCUUGAUGCGCUAAAAGUCAAGGGCUAAGUCGGGUCAACUCGAGAGUUGACUAAAUGCGUUAGAGGUAGAACUCUGUUCAUGAAAAAGUCAAUAAACGUUUUAUUAUAUAUAAGAGGUUGGGUUUACCAAUUUAGGAUUGAUUUGGUCUAUCUAAAAUAUAUAGCAGUCUAAUAACAACAAUAGAAAUGGUGCUGGAUCUAGGGUUUUAGCAACUUUUACACACCAUAAGAUGAACAGCCUGGUACACCCACAAAUAAUUGUUGUUUUGGUUGCUUAAGUUUUGACCUGUUUCUGAAAUAAUGUGGACAUAUGCAAUGGCAUAUAUUGUAAUCUGUAGCGCUCUCUUCGUCGAAUCGUAAAUCUACGGUUUUCUACAGUUUUU